AUGUCGCAACUCACAAAAGAUUUACCGCAGGGUUCAGAUCGUUUGGGAGAAUUUAUUGAUCCUGUUCUUUCACCUUUACCACCUAGGUGGAGAAAUUGGAUUGUACGAGGUAUAUUUUCUGUAGUUAUGGUUCUGUUGUUUUCCGUGAUUAUUAAAAUGGGAGCUACGUGGCUUAUGGCCUUGGUAUUUGUGAUACAGUUUUGGUGUUUCCAUGAGAUUAUUACUAUUGGUCUAGCAGUCUAUCGACUCUAUUCACUACCAUGGUUUCGUGCACUUUCAUGGUAUUUUCUGCUUUCAUCCAAUUACUUUUUCUUUGGUGAAAGUUUGAUCGACUACUGGGGUAUUUUAUUGAGGAAAGAUCAGUUUCUACAUUUCAUGGUGGCUCAUCAUCGUUUAAUUAGUUUUGCUUUAUACUGUAUAGGGUUCGUGUGGUUUGUUUUAUCACUGCGAAAAGGCUACUACCUACGACAGUUUUCAUUAUUUGCGUGGUCUCAUGUAACACUCCUAUUAAUUGUUUCGCAAUCAUUUCUCAUCAUUCAAAAUAUCUUUCAAGGACUGAUAUGGUUUCUUGUUCCAGUCUCGAUGGUAAUUUGCUGCGAUAUAAUGUCGUACAUAUUCGGGUUUUUUUUUGGAAAAACCCCACUAAUCAAAUUGUCUCCAAAGAAAACUUGGGAAGGUUUCAUUGGAGGUGGUAUCAGCACUGUUAUAUUUGGCUUAAUUCUCUCUUUGUGUCUUCUUCACCAUCCUUUUUUUGUUUGUCCAUUGGAAGAUUAUACAGUAGAAAACUAUAACUGCACUGUUCCAUCUUCAUUUAUUCAAAGGUACUUUAUUUUUAUGAUUGAUCGAAUAAUACAAAUUCAUCCUUUUUUACUUCACACAAUAGUAAUGGGCUUGUUUGCGUCUAUUCUUGGCCCUUUUGGUGGGUUCUUUGCUAGUGGAUUCAAGCGAGCAUUCAAAAUCAAGGAUUUCGGUGAUGUAAUUCCUGGGCAUGGUGGUCUAAUGGAUCGAUUUGAUUGUCAACUUCUAAUGGGAACAUUCGUAAAUGUCUAUAUUCAUACAUUCAUUAAAGUACCCAAUCCAUCUAAGCUUCUGCAACAAAUUUUUUGGCUUCCUGUUGACGAACAGCUCCACAUAUUUCAGUCUUUGUAUGAACACCUCUUACGUGAAGGGUUGCUAGAUACCUAA